CGGCGCGGCGUCCUGUUACUCUGACGACACGUUUCGGCGCUUCCCAGUAGUUUGCCAUUCUCAAAGCCAGCACCAUCACCGGGAAUGGGCAGACACGUCUUCCGUGCCGUACAGACGUUCGAUUACGCCGAGGAAGCGAUAGACAGUGGAAAUGACCUGAACGAAGCCACGACAUGCUCUGUAAUCACGAGACACAUGAAGGAGUACGCCAAGGACUUCUGCAGUACGAAGACUCUGAAGAGAAGAUUCCCCGUGAUCGAGUGGUUGCCUCGCUACAGCUGGAACUACCUGCUACACGACAUACUUGCUGGUUUCACUGUGGGGCUCACUGCCAUUCCGCAGGGAAUUGCUUACGCAGUCGUAUCUGGUCUUGAGCCACAGUAUGGUCUGUAUGCUGGCAUCAUGGGGGCAUUUUUGUACAUUCCCUUUGGAAGCUGCCACAAUCUCGUCAUUGGGCCGACUGCUAUCCUCGCGCUUAUGGUGCAGAGCUCGGUGUCCAGCUACGGUCCUGACAUAGCUAUCCUCCUUACUUUCCUGACUGGCUGCAUCAUUGCCCUUUUGGGACUUUUACAUUUAGGCUUCCUUGUGGACUUCAUAUCCGUGCCAGUAACUUCAGCCUUUACUUCGGCUGCUGCUCUCAACAUAGCUUCGUCUCAGCUGAAAGGUCUCCUGGGUAUUGGAGGAAAAUCUGAUAGCUUUCUUGAGUCGUGGAUAAAUGUUGUCAACAACAUUGAGCAGACUCAGCUGUGGGACGUUGUACUCGGCGUAUCAACCAUAAUCGUACUAGUCUUUCUACAGAAAAUAAAUGAAUUUGACAAAAAGCGAGACCUGUCUGGUAGUGGUACAGCAAGAAAGGCAUUUAGUAAGGCACUGUGGUUCCUAUCACUUGGCCGCAAUGCAAUUGUUGCUGUGAUUGGAACAGGCUUAGGCUAUGCACUUUUCAAAGAUGGAGAAGCUCCUUUUAAGCUAACAGGUGACAUUGGACAAGGCUUGCCCCCAUUUGAGCUUCCACCUUUUUCAACACAGUUUAACAACAACACUUAUGAUUUCUCACAAAUGACAGCAGCACUUGGUCCAACAAUUGCAACCCUUCCUGUUGUAUCUAUCUUGGAGACUGUUGCCAUUGCUAAGGCAUUCUCCAAAGGUAAAGCAUUUGAUGCCACACAAGAGUUACUUGCCUUGGGGAUUUGCAAUGUUGCUGGUGGAUUUGUUAGAAGCAUGCCAAUAACUGGAUCUUUCACUCGUACAGCUGUAAACAAUGCCUCAGGAGUAAAGACAACAUUGGGAGCACUUUUUACAGGAAUUUUGAUUCUCUUGGCAUUGAGCUUCCUGACAUCUACAUUCUACUUCAUACCUAAAGCAACAUUAGCUGGAAUUAUCAUCACAGCAAUGUAUUUCAUGAUAGAUGUUGCAAUAUUAAACUUGUUAUGGAAAACAAAGAAGCUGGAUCUUAUACCCUACAUUGUCACAUUUUUUUGCUGUAUAUUCCUUGGUCUGGAAAUGGGAAUUGGAAUUGGAGUUGGAGUUAACUUACUGUUCCUGUUGUACGAUUCAGCUCGGCCCCGGUUAUUAGUAGAUGAAAUGGAUGUCUGUGAUCAGAAGGUGCUGCUGCUGUCACCACAGCAGAACUUGAGGUUUCCUUCUGCAGAACACAUCCGUGAAGUUGUUGUAAACAUCUGUGCAGAAUCUCCUCCAUCAUCUGUUGUGCUUGAUGGUAGUUUAGUGGGACAGAUUGACACAACUGUUGCCAAGGUGUUAAAAUUACUUUGUCAGGAUCUGAAGAAUCGAAGUGUGAGCUUUUAUCUGUGGAGGUGGAACAGGCAAACAGAAAAGUCAUUUCUAGGUGUAGAUAUGAAAAUGGGGUCAUAUUUCACCCAUGCAGACACACUUGAGGAUAUAUUCAAAGUUUCAGACAAAGCAAAUGAGAAGGGGGACACAGUGACAGAGCCUCCAGGAAAUUCUGGUGAACCAUAGAAGUUCUUAGUGAAUACCUGAUUUCCUACAUUGGCACUAUAGCAGCCUAAUCAGAAGGGAUGGAGAAGAAGCAAAACUGAGUUUGAGUGUAUCUUGACUGAACAGAACAGUUUAUACAUGAGCCAGUUUUAGAAGCAAUUCUCAGGGAAGAUGGUGUCAUCUGUGAGAAGUAAACAUCCUAGCAUUUUGGGAUUGGCUGACUUUAACGUAGGCUGAGAUGUAUCACUGAUUAGUUGAAUAAGAACUGCAGAAAGUUUCUGCAGUAUUUUUGCUCAGUACAAUGUUCCUUAAAUGUGAGACUUUGUAACAUGGCUUUCAGUAUUAAAUGUGGAGACUGAUAGUUAAAAUAAAUGCAGUAAAAUAAAUCGAUCAAGGAAACGGACAUCAUUAUAAUGUAAGAAUAAAGAGACAUCCAAAAUAAUUCAGUCUGUUAACUUGUAUUGUCUUAGGUUUACUUAAAAAAUAGAAAAGAAAAAAAAGAGCUUCAGUCUCUUCAUAGCCUCAGAAAACUUUCCCUUUCGAAUAAUUUCAACUGAGUUAAACCAACAUUUGAUUUGAGACAUCUGCUUUACUCUUAACUUUCAUCUGAGUUGUCAAAUUCCUAUUCUUUGUAAUUGAUUUAGUGAGUCUCAAAAUCCUUGUUGGUCUUAUUUGUUCCCACCCAACAAUAGUGCCUAUCAUUCUAUCUCCCAGACCUCACAACAAUAUUAUUGCAAUUCAGUACUUGAUAUAGUAAUUUUAGGAGUUUCUAUAAAGGUACUCUUUAGCACUCAAAAGACAUUUAAUAUUCUCCAUCAGACAUUUUGCCUGUUGACUUCUGUUUCAGGAUCUUCAGCCCACGUGUGUUUAGCAAUUUUCCCGAUAUUUUGGCAGUAUGAGUGGUUGCCACUGUCACAGGUUCACCCUCCAUUUCUGGUGGUGGAUGGCAGUUGGACCUGUGGCUGGAGGUUAUAUGUAUCUGUCAUGUUGAUGUCUGAGGAAUUGUCCCUUGUCAUUACUGCUGUGGUUCUCCCCUUGCUACCUGCAGUGGUCAUUCACUGCCAUUUAUGCUGACAAAACACCAGGAAAUUUGUCAGACAAAUGUUGGCUGAAGAUCCUGAGAUGGAAACCUACAGGGAAUACAUCAAUAAGUGGCCACAAGUGCCGCAACAAUUUUGUACUCUCUGUCAGGUUGCUGAAUACAUGUCUACUCCUGUAUCUGAUUAUUUUUCUGCACUAAUGUUAACUCCUGAAUGUUUUUGUAGCGAUUAUUGUGGUUCUAGUUUAUAUUCAUGCUUCACAUUAUUUUUUGAUUAGAGACUUAUUUUUAAAGACAAAAGGUGUUAAUGAAUAUAUGCAUUCAUAGGUAAUCAUGGAGAUAAUUGGUUUAUUUCAUGUUCUGUGAAUCAUUUAUACAAUAAUUUGUAAUUACAGGAAGAAGUUUACAGAAUGAGAUUUUCACUCUGCAGUGGAGUGUGCGCUGAUAUGAAACUUCCUGGCAGAUUAAAACUGUGUGCCCGACCGAGACUCGAACUCGGGACCUUUGCCUUUCGCAGGCAAGUGCUCUACCAUCUGAGCUACCGAAGCACGACUCAUGCCCAAGGUUAGCAAGAGAGCUUCUGUAAAGUUUGGAAGGUAGGAGAUGAGAUACUGGCAGAAGUAAAGCUGUGAGUACCGGGCGUGAGUCGUGCUUCGGUAGCUCAGAUGGUAGAGCACUUGCCCGCGAAAGGCAAAGGUCCUGAGUUCGAGUCUCGGUCGGGCGCACAGUUUUAAUCUGCCAGGAAGUUUCACAGGAAGAAGUCAUUGAAGCCACCACAGACUAUUAACUGCUUGCUCUUGUCCAACAGAUAUCACAGUAAGCAAUCCAAACUCCCCAAAAACAGUUUAAAAUUUCCUAGUGGGAUCUGUAUAAUAUUACUAUUAAAAGUGAACCAUUUUUCAGUGUUAAUUCACACUUCUAUGUGCUGAUCAAUACAAAAUCUACUAGUUUAAAUGUUUUUGAACUUGGGUUCGGUCUUAAUAAUAAUAAUAAUAAUAAU